AUGGCAAAAUCUCUGAAAAGUUCGUCAGACGCGCCCGAGAGUUUCAGGGGCUCGACCCUGAGCGUGUUCGACCCCGGUAACAAGGGACUCUACAUCCUUGAUGGAUUUGCCAACUUCACAGCUACAUCCACUGGAGUUUCGACAGCGGAGGGGAACAUUUUCAAUGUAGACGAAAGAAAAGUGCAAGUACACAGGAAAGAGGUUAUUAUGGUAAACUGGGUUAUUAGAGACGAUCCAAGCAAAAGAAGAAUCGGUUUUGACACUUUCAGACAAUCUCUUGACUAUUCCACAAAGUGUGCUCCACAUAAUAACAAUGAUAGGACUGGUAUACAUAACAGAAAUUUAUCAGUCUCUCACCAUUCCAGCCAUGGUGGGCCAAAUAGGGGUCUUCCCUUCUUGAUAUGCAUGGAUGUUGUGGAUAUCACCCAUGCUAUCAAGGUUGGCUGGAACUCGCGAAACUCCAAUGCAGUUAGAACAAGAACCGUAUCUGCAGCGCUGUACAAUAUGUUUGUCCAAACAUCUUCAAUCAUCGCAGCUAACAUCUACCGAAAAUCCGAUUCCCCACCCUACCGAGUCGGAAACCGCUUCCUAGUCGCUCUCUGCGCCACGAAUAUUUUCUUAAAUACGUUUACGAAGAUCUAUUAUGUCCCGCGAAACAAGGAGAAGGAGAAGAAGUGGAAUGAAUGCGCUUACUGA